CGGUGAUAAUCACUAGUCCACCGUGCUGCCAAUGAACUGAGCAGAAAGAACAACUUGUAAGCAUCAGCCCAGUAAAACUAACUGAUAAGACAGAAGCAGUGGUAGACACUGUGCUGUGCUCUUCUUGGUGCUUUCUUAAUUGCCUCUGUUCUUUCUGAGUCACAAUCAGUAACCAGGAUGAGAGACAAUCCCUUCUCUGAGUGAAGGAAAGAUCCAUAUUGACUUCAGAAGUGUUGGACUUUUCUGAAUGACUUUACUAGAGUGGCGUGAACUUUGCUCACUAUGCUCUCUCGUCAUCAGGGUCAGGCAGGCUGACGAAACGAAAACUUAUAAAGGCACGCAGGCUCAGACACCAGCGUGUGGAGAGGCACAAACAGGCGCGCUCACAGCCGGACAUCCAGGAUGGCCAGAAGGAGACGAGGCCGUAGCAGCAAUGGCCAGCAACAACAGAACCCACAGAACCGGAGAGGAGGCCAUCGCAUGGCUCUGCGGGAGCCAGCCCCAUUUGCCAAACCAACAGGUUGUGAGGCAGUUGUCCCACACGACGUGGUGACCAUUUCUCAAGCACGAAAGGGAACGCCAGCUCACCGUCCAGUUCGAGUCUAUGCUGAUGGGAUCUUUGAUCUUUUCCACUCGGGACACGCUCGAGCUCUGAUGCAGGCCAAAAAUGUCUUCCCCAACACUCACCUGAUAGUAGGAGUGUGCAGUGAUGAACUCACCCACAAGUUUAAGGGCUACACGGUGAUGACGGAGGAUGAACGCUACGAAGCGUUGCGGCACUGUCGUUACGUCGACGAGGUGGUGCGAGACGCUCCCUGGUCACUUACCCCAGAGUUCCUCAAGAAACACAAGAUCGACUUUGUGGCRCAUGAUGACAUCCCGUACACAUCUGCUGGAUCAGAGGAUGUUUAUAAGCACAUCAAAGAAGCAGGGAUGUUUGUGGCCACUCAGAGGACAGAGGGUAUCUCCACAUCAGAUCUGAUUACACGAAUCGUUCGAGACUACGACAUCUAUGUCCGUCGCAACCUGCAGCGAGGGUACACGGCUCGAGAACUAAACGUUGGGUUCAUUAAUGAGAAUAAGUAUCGGCUCCAGAACCAGGUGGACAAGAUGAAAGAGACGGUUCGAACGGUGGAGGAGAAGUCGAAACACUUUGUCAACAGGGUGGAGGAGAAGAGCCAGGACCUGAUUCUUAAGUGGGAGGAGAAGUCACGGGAAUUCAUUGGCAGCUUCCUGGAGCUUUUUGGAAAAGACGGCGCAUGGCAUGCCAUUCAGGAGCGCAGUGGUCGGAUGCUCCAGGCCUUGUCACCCUACUCGUCGCCCCGUGGCUCCCCCAGCAGCAGUCCCACCAGGACACGUUCAGUUUCACCCAAGGAYCUCCUCCACGCUGCCUCUCCUCCGUCCUCUCCAUCCUCUCCAUCCUCAUCAUCUUCACGCAAAAAAAAGGCACGCGCCUCUCUCAAAGCAGCGAGUCAUUAGCCUGGAGCCUGAACUGUAUCGAAAAAGUGGCUAAUUGUUAGAAUUAACAUGUAUAAAUUGAGUUUUUUAAUUUAUUAUGGCUGUAUUAAAGUGUGAGCAAGCUAUACUGUAAAUAA